UGCAAUGAACAAUGUUUCAAUUUAUUUAUCAUCAACAAUUGAUGAAAACAUUCAUUUUCAUCAUUAUAAAUAUCAAUUCAAUUAUUUUGGCCAUAUCAAUGACACCGGAACAAUAUCGACAAUUGAUAAUGAAUCAUUGUUAUAAUCGUACUGAAUAUCGUGAACCAUUAAUACUUGGUCAAACCAAACCAAUUGGAAUGACUAUUGAUUAUUUUGUAACAUUAACAGAAAAAUUGGAACAAUAUUAUCCUCAACUAGAUACAAAACAAAUGAUAACACUUAUUUUGAAAAGAUUUCAUUAUGAUGGUAUACGUAAUCUAGGUCAUGAAGAAUAUUUUCAACAGAUUCGUUAUCCACAAAUGCAACAAGAAAAUGAAGUAUUUCGUCGACAAAUGAAUGAAAUGUUAUUCCAGGAUCGAAUGGCUAAAAUGGAUAGUUUACCACCGUUUUCAGAAGAUGUUUUUACAGAAAAUGAAAAAUGUGCCAUGUAUUUCAUGAUGUCACAUACGGUCAACAAAACGGCAGUUGAUAAUUAUGGUAAUCAAGUUGUCAAAGAAUUUGGCAUCGUUAGCCUUAUGAAUGAUGAUAAUCUGGCCAUAUCGUUGAAUUAUGUUCUUCUUGGUAUAGCGGCCGCUUUAUAUGAUGUACCAUUAUUGACAUUUGUCAAUGAUAGAGAUCAGCUAGAAAUUGAUCCAUUAUAUGCUGUAACUUUAUCGGAUAAAUUGGCCAUUUCAGCAUUGGAAAGUAUUGAAAAUUAUGAUAGCAUGUUUGGUUCACAAGGACAUUGGAAUUCAACGUAUUGUCAAAGUGAAUAUCUAAUAACUGAUCGAAAUAAUCGUCAUGUGGUCACCAUGUCCGAAAUUAAUGGCGGUAUUGAUGGAUGGAUGAUUGGAAAUAAAUUAUCAUCACAAAAAGGUCGUAUAUUUCGAACAUUGAAACUGAGCACAAUAAUCGAUCGAUAUUAUUCACAUGAUGGUCUUUCAAUUGAUUGUGGUAUUUGUAAAGUGGAUUUUUUUCCAGAAAAUUUUAUCGACAAUCUAUACAGAACGGCACGUGGUUAUGCAUUUUAUUGGAAUAGAAAUUUUUUACAUGAAAAUUUUGAAUAUGAAAGAAUCGAUGGAUUUGUACGUACAAUGACGGAUAUUUUUCGACAAUUCAUUGUCAAAUCAAAUACACUUAAACAUGCUGAAUGUUCAAGAAUCAGUCAAUAUCGUAAGAUUGAUAUGCAAAUCGAAACAAAAAGUGAUCUAUAUAUUAUGAUUGAUAAUAAUGCUCAUGAAUAUUACAAAUAUCAUCUAGAAGCUAUAACAAAAUUAUUGGUUAAAUUAAAAAGUUUAAAUUCAUUAGGACGAAUAACUAUAAUGGUGAAUGCAUUACAAGGAUAUGAUUCUGAACAUAUAUCGAACAAAGGUGAUGAUUUACGUUUAUCAUUACAUCUUUUGGCUUAUAAUACAACAUCCAUACAGAAAGCUACAUGUCGUUUAGCAUGGUAUAAUUAUCGUGAAACAACAAUAAAUAGUAAAAAAACAUUGCUUUACAAUUUAAUGGAUUUUUUCCAACGUGAUAGCAUCAUCACUGAUACAAUGAAUGGACAUUCGAAAAAUUUCCUAUGGUUUUCAUUGAAAUCGAAUAGUUAUGAAAAAUUAAUUGAACGUGAUCGUGCCUAUUAUUAUCAAUAUAGAUGGAAUUUAUUAUAUUAUCUAAAUAUACGAAUGUUUUUCCUAUCAACAUUUGAUCAACAUAUUGAUGAUGAUCUUAGCCAAAUGGUUAUCAACAAAGGUGAUUGGUUCCGUGUGAAUGCCAUAAAUUAUAUGGAUGAAAUUACAGUGGAUAAAUUGGUACAACGAAUAAUGCAAACACCGAUACCAAUGCGUAUAGAUAAUAAUGAUUGUCAACAACAAAAAAAUGGAACAACAUUUGAUCAGAAAUUUUUAGUAGGUAAAAAUCGUAAACAAUAUUGGGUACUAUAUCCAAAAUAUUUUCUCAAUAGUCGAUUGAUUCAUUUUAAAUUUCAUUCUGGAUUCGGUCGUAUGCGUAUCUGUCUUGGGCGUUAUCUAUUUCCGGAAACUAAUUAUACACAAUGUAGAGAAUCGAAUAUAAAUGAUGAAAUGAUUGAAUUUAUAAUUGCACAUCCAUGUCGAUGGAAUGUGAUUGAAACAUGUCUGCCAAUAUAUUUUACCGUAAUCAGUAAAGAUGAUAUGAAUGUUAACAACGUUAACAAUAAUAAUAACCAGCAACCAAAUAAAUGUUAUUAUUUACAUUCGGAUGGAAAAUUCGUUGAAGAUGUAUGUACCUCAAGAAUGGAUACAAUAUGGACAAUAUCAGUGGAUGGUAUGACUUGUACGGAAAAUAAUUGUAAAAAUGUUUUACCUAAUUAUUGGAAUUCAUUAUCAUUAUUUAUCAUCGUUUUGAUUGUAAUGAAAUUUUUAUCUUUUUUUAUUGUCAAUUUUAUAUUGUUAAAUAAAAAGAAAUUUUUUUUUGUUUUUUGUUUUUUUUUUGUUUUGGUCACAAUGAAUUUCAUUCAAAUAAAUUUCAUUGUUAUCAUAUCAAUCAUCUGUGUGAAUGGCAUUUCUGUACCAGUUGGACACUAUGAUCUGAUAAAAUUACGUUGUUUUAAUCGUUCAAGAUCGACCGGAAAUGAAUUAAUACUUGGCCAAAAUGAACCGAUUGGUAUUUCGAUGGAUAAUUUAAUUUCGAUGAUUGAAAAAUUUGAAAAAUUAAAUCCAAUUUAUAAGCCGGAAAAAGUGAUUGAAAUUUUUUUGAAAAGAUUUCAUUUGGAUGGCGUAAGAUUUGAUGGAAUGGAAAACAUUCCCAGUGAAAUACAGAUGCAUCAAUCAAAAGUAAUCAAUGCCAUUCUUGGUAACAAUCAUGAAUCAUAUUCGGAUCCAUUUCCUGAACAUCAAUUUACUGAAGAUGAAAAAUGUAAUUUAUUUUUUACAAUUUCACAUUGUAUAAAUGAUACGGCAACGGCAAAUGAAAAUCAAUUAAAUAUUGUCACCAUAAAUGAGCCACCUAUGGCAAGAAUGGGCGCACCUAAUUUAAAUGUUGCACCACCAUCAAUACGUGAUAUGGGUAAUGAAAUACCGUUGAUAACGACUACUGAAGAAUCGAAUGAUAAAAAAUCUGAAUCCAAAAUUAAGGUGCCCAAACGAACUAAAAGAGAAAUCAGAAAAACAAAAAAACCAAGAGAAUAUGGUGUGGCCAGUUUUCUUUCGUCACGUACUAAUCCCAUCAGUACGAAUCGUGUUCUAUUGGGAUUAUUUGUUGGAUUUGCCAAUCCCAAACCACCAAAAGUAAUGGAUGUAAUCAAAAAACUAGAAAAACGACCAUUAGAAAAUGAACUUAAUAAUAAAGAAAUUGAUCCGCUUUUAGCUGUAACAUUGGCCGAUUUAUAUGGUGUUAAUACCGAUGGAAUGAUCAAUAAUGAUGAUGGAAAAAAUAUUUUCGGUGCUAAUGGUGCAUGGAACAGUACUGUUUGUCAUACAAAAUUUGUACUAGAUUCAGAUCAAGGACUUUGGGGAACUUUGGCUGAAUUUCGUGGUGGCCUCGAUGGUUAUAAUAUUGGUAUCAUGAUGAAUUCAAUGCUCAAAGUAUUCCCAAACAUAACGGCAAGUCAAGCAUUACGUUUUUAUUAUUCAAAACCAGGAUUAUCACCGAAUUCUGGUAUUUGUAAUCGCCAUAUUCAUAUUGAUACAUCAUUAAAUGAUGAUUUAGUGGAAGAAGCAAGAAAAUUUUUAACAAUUUGGAAUAACUAUAUUUAUGAUAAUAUUUAUGAUCAAACACGUGUUGAUGGUUAUAUUUAUUCAUUGAAAGAAUCCGUAAUGAAUGUGAUGAAAAAAGCAUCCACACAGAAUGAAGAGGAAAAAAAUCUAUGCUAUGAAACCAUUACGAAUAAUAUUAAAGAACAACAAUGUGAAACAAUGGCAAAUACAUUUUUCAUAUUGGACAUAAGUCAAACUUGUAAUAAUCGUCAAGAUUAUCAGCUUUGUUUAAAACAGGCAACAUAUGUAAAUGAAUUGACCAAAAAUAUGCGUAUGAUGAAACGAAAUUCUGGCUCCAUUUCUGUGCUAUAUAAUGCACGACCUGUUGAGAAUCCAACAUUGGUUGAUGAUUAUAUGAAACCAAUCAAUACAUCAUUAUAUUCGGUUGCAUAUAAUUCAACAUCAUCAGAAUGUACAUCUUGUAAAGCAAUUUAUGGUGAUACAAUGGCCAAACAAAUAAUCAAUGAUCGUGUAGAAAUGUUUCAACAGGUCAAUAAUAUGAUUGAACAAUUUGAUUCGAUUUACGCAAAUCAAACAGGUGUUCCAAGUAAAUUAAUAUUCUGGUUUGAUUAUGGAACAUUACAAUCGAUACCUACGGAUACGAUACAGCAUAGGCGAUAUGAACGAUUAUAUCGUCAAUUGAUAUUUAAUACAAGAAAUUCAGGAUUUUAUUCGUUUGCCACUAAUACUACAACCUUGAGUGAUGUUAUUCGUGAUGCAACACAUUUGAUUCAAAUUAGUAAAAAUAGUUUUGGCGAUUCAAAUGUGGUGAAAAAUAUAAAUCAACAAUUAUGUCAAUCAUCACAAAUAUUUCAAUAUCCUGAAUGUAAAAUACGACCAUCAGAAAAUUCUGUAUAUCGUGGAUUUAUUUCACCUAAUUAUAAACAAUAUUGGGCUAUGUAUUCGGAAUAUUUUCUAAAAAGUUUUCAUAUUGAAUUACGUUUCCGUACUGAAGAAUCGCAGAUGAAAGUUUGUUUUGAUCGUGUUGCAAUGCCGGAAAAUAAUGAAGAAAAUUGCAAGAUUAAUAAAGAUCCUAAAGAAGAUAUUGUAGUGAAUAUCAAUAAUCCAUGUAAAGGAUAUAGCACUGAUAAUUGUCCACCAUUCUUUUUCACCAUAAGCCUUUAUAAUCCACCAUUAGUACAUAAACAUUGUACAGAUGCCGAUUGUAAAAAUAUCAAUCAAUUUGCUUGGUAUUUCACCCAUAAAGGUGUUUCCUGUAACAAUGCCAAUAUGAUAAAAAUUUCAUCAUUUUUCAUAAUCAUUACAGCCAUAUUUGCCAAUAUUUUUUCCAACAGAUUGUUCUAA